AUGAGUAUUUCUGUUGACGAGCGUGUGGAUGCUUGUAAUAUUGCUGAUUUAAGUAUUAAUGAACUUGCUAGUUAUUUCGUUGACCUCGAUGGUAUUGAGGAGUUAUGUGAGGAUAUGAAAGAAUUGUACAAAAAAGAACAAUGUUCUACGUUGGGUGAUGAAAAAUAUUUACGAAUUUUGGAAAAGGAAGCUCAACUUGUAGAAGAUAUUGCUAUUACAUCUAUUAAUUUUAUACGAGAAUAUAGAAAAAUACUUGAAGUAAUGAAACGUUGUUCUUCUAAACUUCGUAAUGAAACCAAACCACAAAAAAAUAAUUGA